GGAGACAGUAUAGUGAAAGCAACGACGAACAUGAUAUCAGCGAUGAUCCAAACAAUGAUAGUUACAUUGAGAUCACGGAAGAUAAUGUCGACACCACCAAAGAAGACAAUAAUGAAAGACAAAAAAAUUUUGAUUGGUCGAGUGACACUACCAAUAUUGAAAAAAAUACAUUUAGUGCACCUGCAAUGGCAUCCCGAAAAAAAAAGAAAAAGCCGACAGAUGAAAAUGAAAUACGUGCGUCCCAGGCAUAUGAGUAUUUAAUGCAAAAACAAAAAGAGAGCCAAAAGAAAAUGGAGAAGGACGAAUAUGAUAUUUAUGGUGCUUUAGUAGCAACAAAACUCCGAAAAAUAGACGAAAUAACUCGUCAGUAUGUGAUGAAUGAAAUAGAUAAUUUGAUGUUUAGAGCAAUAAUUCAUGCAAAGCACCAGUCACAAAAAUCUACAACCACAUCCAUCUCAAAAUACCUCAUUAAAUUAUGUACAACAACCUUAUACAUUUCCAUCUCAAUUCCAAACAUUCAACUAUAUAAAACAACCAUUUAUAUCGCCAUCUCAAUGCUCAACGUUUAGUCACACAUCACAACCAUCUCCAUCCAAUUCCUCAACACCCAGUCGUUCAUCACAAGUAUCUCCACCACAAGCACCACUCAAUAACUCAACAGAGGCAUCAACAAAAGUAGUUCCAACAUUAAAUUAUGUACAACAGCCAUAUUCAUUGUCAUCUCAAAAUACAUCAAAAUUAAAUUGUGUACAACAACCAUUUCCUUCACCAUCUCAAAAUACAACGUUAAAUAAUUUACAAAAACCAUAUGCAUUGUCUUCUCAAAAUACUACAACAUUAAAUUAUGUACAACAACCAUUUCCUUCGCCAGCUCAAUACUCAAUGUCCAGUCAUUCAUCGAAGCCAUCAUCUCCAUCAAAUUCCUCAACUCCCAGUCGUCCAUCACUAAUAUCUCCACCACUCAACAACUCAACAGAGGCGUCAACUGAAGUUAUUGAAGGGACA